AUGGAAGCGGUGCCGCCAGAGCUCCUGCCGCUGCUGGAGGCGGCGGUGGAGGCCUGCAGCCAGGCCCUGGGUGCCAGCCUGGUGGGAGUCUACCUGCGCGGCAGCCUGGCACAGCGCGGAUGCUUCCUGCCGGGCGUUUCGGACGCAGAUUUCGUGGUGGUGCACCUGGAGGAGCAGGCGCCAGGGGAGGCGGCGCCUGGAGCGGCGGCCCGCCUGCGGCGGUCGGCGGAGCAGCUGCGGGCCGACUUUCCACAUGUCGCCAAGGUGGAGCUCAAGGCGGCGCCGCUGCCACACAGAUCCCCGCUGGCCGCUUUGUUCAGGCAGCAGCAGAAGCAGCAGCAGCAGCAGGGGCAUGACGCUACCAUCAGCGGCGUUUGCGGUAGCAAGCCAGGGCGGGGCGGCAGCAUCGCUCCCUCGGCGCUGCACCACCAUGCCAGCCUGGCCUUCCAGCUCAAGACCCAGGCGGUGUGCCUGCACGGCUGGGACCUGCCCCGCCUGCUGCCGGACGUCGCAGCCCUGCCGCAGCUGCACCUGCUGCCCACCCUGGUGCAAGAAGUGGAAGCCGCCGUGCGAGACGCCGCGCGGCCAGGCGCCGCCGCCCCCGGCAGCAGCGCGGACGCAGCCAUCCGCGGCCUGCGGUGGGCGCUGAAGCGCUGCCUGCGGGCCGCGUUCGAGCUCUAUUUGUGCUGCAGCAGCGGUGCCGGCAGCGCCGGCAGCAGCAGCAGCAGCAGCAGCAGCAGCAGCCCUGGCACUGUCACCACCACCACCAGCAGCCGGGUGUUCACUCGGGACCUCUAUUGGUGCCUGGAGUAUGCGGCGAGGCGCCACCCGGCCCUCCGGCCGCAGCUGGCCGCUGCGCUGCAGCUCUAUGUGGAACUGGGCCCUGAGGGCAGCUUUGGAGGCCAGCAGAUGCAGCAGGCUGGGCAGGCGCAUCAGGAGGCGGAGCAGCAGGUGCAGCGGCAGCACCCGGAGCAGCGUGAGCCCCCGCCGCGGCAGCAGCGGCUGGAGGAGGCGGCAGCGCUGGCGGUGCAGCUGGCUGGGCGGAUAGACCUGCUCAGCACCAGCUCCACCACCAGCACCACCACCGCCAGGCAGGGCGCCGGUGGCACCGCCGGGAGCGGCGCCGCGCGGUGGCAGCGCCUGCGGGUGCGCCUGUGGGCGGCGACUGCCGGCGCCGGCAUGGAGGCUGAGCUUGUGGGAGCGCCGCCGCCGCCGGUUGUUGCUGCUGCCGUGGCGGGCGAGCUGCUGACGCUGGACUGGUGGCAGGAGGCUGCUCGGCAGCAGGCAGCCGCCAUCAUUUGGGCGGCUGCAGCAGGACAGGAACAGGCGGUGGUACCGGAUGAGGCGGGGUACUGCAGUGCAGGCACCGGCGGGCUGGCUGGCCUGGCGCCGCAGCCGGUCCUGCUCAAGGGCGCCGCCGCGCACUGGCCCGCGCUGCGGCGGUGGUCCCUGCGGUACCUCGUGGCAGCUGGGCUGGAGGGGCGGUCCCGCGUGGCCCCUUCCCUGCAUUUUCCCUUCACGGAGCCCAGCCUGGCGGUGGUACUGGCGGGACAGCAAGGCGUGGCGGCCCUGCCCAGCUGCGUGGCGCGCAUGGACGCUGCUGAGCUGGCGGCCCGUCUGCAGCGGCGCAACCCCUGCCGCCUGCCCCCGCUCGUGUACUGCGGGCAGGGCUGUGACCCUCUGGCCAGUCACAUGAUCAUCAACCCAGCCGGCCUGACGAGCGAGCAUCAGGCGGGCGCGCAGCGGCCGGCAGAAGCAGCGGCAGCGGUGGCGGGAGGAGCUGGCGGAGCAUUUCAGGCGGUCCCUGAGUUUUAUUACUUCCAGGCGAAGCUUCCGGCCAGCUUCCUGGCUGACACCGACCUGGCCAGCCCACCCUUUGCGCUGCCCCAGGGCCCGGCGACCGCGGGCCGGCCGGUCCCUGGGCCGGCACCACCGAGCACCGGCAGCGCCGAGCCGCCGCCGCCGCCGGGGGCUGGCCUGCGGAUGACGCAGGCGGCGCGUGUGUGGGUGUCGCCCCAGGGAGCCGUCAGCCCCACACACUACGACCUCAGCCACUCCUUUCUGACCCAAGUCAAGGGCAGGAAGCGCAUGCUGUUCUGGAGCCCCGACCAGCUGGCCUGCCUCUACUGCUACCCCGAUUCGCACCUGCUCCGCCGCCGCUCCCGCCUCAACAUGCACGCCCCGCUGGCGGCGCAGCCGGGGGACAGCAGCUUCCCGCUGGCUGUGCGGGCCCGGGCGGUACAGGCGGUACUGGAGCCGGGAGACGUUGUCUUCUUCCCCAGCAGGUGGGCUCACUACACAGAGAGCCUCGACUUUUCGAUGUCUGUGACCUGCCGCUUCGGCGGCGGUAGGCAAGGCAGCGAAGCAUAA